AUGAAUCCAAAUGAGUUGGAGUUCCUCGCAGAAGACGAGUUGAUACAAAUUAUUCCGCGCUUCAAAAUGGAAGCUAUCGAUCUGAUAGAACAUUUCGUGAGUUUGCCCAAGUACCCGUAUUAUUCUCAUGAAUUAUUAUCCCAUCCUGUAGUAGUUCUCUUAUUUGUGCUCCUUGGUGCCGCACUGCCAUCCACAAUCAUUUCACAUGAUUGAAAGUCUACUAUUACUAGAUUCCUGUAUAAAGCGUGUUAUUUUUUCUCAGACUGAUGUGAGUGGGAGGCUCAUUUAAAUUUACGUUCUUCGUGUACAGACAGAGUUCCGUCUUCUGUCAUGUAGUUGCCGUGAUGUUUCUGACUUCAAAAUAUACUUGGUAGGAGCGGUCCUCUUGGUUCGCUAGUUUACACGAUGAGUUCCACCGCAUAUUUACCGUGCCUCUGUUCUGUAGCUUUGGUGAGUAUCGCAAAGCCCCAUUCAUAUGGUGCUGAUUCCCAUUUAAAUGUAGGGUAACCUAGAGGCUCUAGCUUGUCCCUUUGUCUUGCCUUCCUUAUUACCGCUGCCAAAUAAAUGUUUUAUUUUUAUUGUGGUUGAAAACAUUUUCCUUUCCUCUGCGCCAUUUUACUCGACAGUCGGAGACCUGCUUUCUGAGGUUUCUCGUUUCCGUUACUCAUCCACCCACCUUUUCUACUGUCUAUCUCAGGUUGGUCCAUUCCAUCCCAACAUUCCAUGCGAGGUUCCUCUCUGGCUUGCGGUCCACCUCCGGCGGCAACAGAAAUGUCGAAUCAUCCCACCAAACUGGUUAUGCGUAACCAGUCUAACAGAAUUUAAGGAGGCUGAGGACGCUGAGUCUGGAUGCACCAAACCACCGCAUCCCCAUUAUACAGAAGUGGCCACUUUGUUGCUUCAGCAUGCCCCUGAUGACCUGCCCGAGUUCGUUUUACUCCAAUAGUUUGUUUAUUUACUCUGCUUUGCUUUUAUUUAUUUACUUAGUCUUCAUUUUCCGUUCUUCUAGUCAGGAGGCUGUGCGAACACUCAUCAAGGAUCUGUGGGAUGCACGCGUUGGCAAAUUUGUCACGUCAGUAAAUCAGUUCAUUAGCAGUGGAGCCGCCACGGCGCGAGUCAGUCAACUCACCUGCCUGGAACUGGCCACUGUGCGUAACCUUCUCGCAAAUUCUCUCGAUCAGUUGGCCAUACUGCGUCAGAAGGUGGCGGAAACAAGUGCUGAAGUUCCUUCGCAGUCUCAAUCGUUGCUUGGUUCGACAAGCCUAACCGAUUAA